UCUGUGAGUAAUUUAAAAAAUAUAAAACUAGUAACUUAACAAAACAAUGAAGGGUAAACGAUUUUAUUUUUGACUUUGAAGAAGUAAAACUAGAGUGUGAUGCCUAACACGGCGGGCAGCGGGUUCCAAUGGGACAAGCUCUCGCCCGCCGAGUUCCAGCAGCUGCAAGAGUUAGCCUCAUAUUCGACUAAGAAGCUGCAAAAUGUUCUCAACGAAUUUUGCGAAGUCAAAAAGCAAAGUCCAGAUGGGGACAUCGACUAUGAGGGUUUUCGGUGGUUUCUGGAUACUUUCCUCGAAGUAUCUACGCCUGAUGAACUCUCAAGGCACUUAUUCCUGUCGUUCGUGCGUCGUGACCGACGGCCGGCGCUGCGGGAGAUGGCAGCCGCCAGCUCCACGGCUGCUUGCGCGCCUGUCACUUCGCACGGGGAUCACCAGGGUAAACUGAGCUUAGCUUCGAAGAUCCACGGGCUGGCGGAGCGACUGCAACAGCUAGGCAAGAGCUCCGGAGAUUCCGUCGAUGGCAGCGAAAAGGGAUCUCGCAGUCGUACGGGGAGUGUACACCCAAUGUUUACAGUGACCACCCACCCGUCGUACUCAUCUCAUGAGCUAUGCUUGGAUCGUCGCAACGAGACCAGCCCCAGCCACAGCCAGAUGUCGCGCAACUCGAGUCGAAAGAGCAGCAACUCCUUGCGCGUCAACCAGUCCACUAAGAUUGAAGACUUUAAGCACUUGAUGCGACGUUCGUCCACUCUGGAAGUUCACACCGCAAGAGUUUCGCUCAAGGACAUCGUCUGCUACCUCUCUCUAUUGGAAGCCGGCCGACCUGAAGACAAAUUAGAAUUUAUGUUUCGGCUGUACGACACUGAUGGCAACGGAGUGCUGGACACCAACGAAAUGGAUUGCAUCGUCAACCAAAUGAUGACAGUCGCUGAAUACCUCGGAUGGGAGACGUCGGAGCUUAGGCCGAUUCUACAAGACAUGAUGGUGGAGAUAGAUUACGAUGCUGAUGGUACAGUUUCGCUGGACGAAUGGAAAAGAGGCGGUAUGACAACUAUACCUUUGUUAGUGCUGUUGGGCUUGGACACUAAUGUUAAAGAGGACGGGGAACACGCCUGGCGGCUGAAGCACUUCAACCGACCAGCAUAUUGCAAUCUCUGCCUCAACAUGCUCGUAGGACUGGGGAAGAAGGGUCUUUGUUGUAUAUUCUGCAAAUUCACGGUGCACGAGCGAUGUGUGCAACGAGCGCCCGCUUCUUGUAUAGCUACCUACUCCAAGCGACGAGCUUCUGCAACUCUUGCGCACCACUGGGUUGAAGGUAACUGUCAUGGCAAGUGCGCUCGAUGUCGGAAAAAGAUCAAAGGUUACAACGGAAUUACCGGCCUCCACUGUCGCUGGUGCCACAUUACUCUUCACAACCGGUGCGUGGGCAGCGCCGGCGGAGCGUGCUCCCUCGGCCGACACGCGCGACACAUUCUGCCUCCCACAGCCAUCCGCCCGCUCGUGCUCGACCGCCAGCGAUCGUUGCCGCACAAACACAACCACGACCAGCAAACUCUACCAGUUUCGAUAUCACUGCCACUCUCGAUCUCGGCGUCAGCAGAAGAGAAAAAGGAAGAGAAAAAGGAGCCGCGCGCGCCGCCCAUAUCAUUCCAGAUCACGCCGCCGGAGGGUUCUUGCCCGCUGCUCGUGUUCAUCAACCCCAAGUCGGGCGGGAGACAAGGCUCGCGGGUGCUCAGGAAGCUGCAGUACAUCCUCAAUCCGCGGCAGGUGCACGACAUCGCUAAAGGCGGACCAAUGCAAGGUCUGCAGAUGUUUAAAGACGUAAGAAACUACAGAGUGAUUUGCUGCGGUGGAGACGGAACUGUUGGCUGGGUUCUGGAAACUAUGGAUAAAGUUCCAAUGGAGACGCAGCCUGCUGUUGGUGUCAUUCCGCUGGGCACCGGCAACGACUUGGCCAGAUGUCUGCGUUGGGGAGGAGGAUACGAAGGGGAGUCAAUUCACAAGAUUCUUGAUAAGAUCGCGCGCGCGAGCACCGUCAUGAUGGAUCGUUGGCAAAUACACGUCGAGAACAGCAACGCAGCCUGUGAACAACUUCAGAUGCCGGACUCGGCGCCACAUCCUACUACUGUUCCUUACAACAUUAUUAACAAUUACUUCUCCAUAGGCGUGGACGCGGCGAUUUGCGUGAAAUUCCAUACGGAGCGCGAACGCAACCCUGACAAAUUUAGUUCUCGCAUGAAGAACAAGCUGUGGUACUUCGAGUUCGCCACCUCCGAGCAGUUCGCCGCAAGCUGCAAAAACCUGCACGAUCACAUCGACCUCGUGUGCGACGGCAUGUCGCUGGAGCUGAGCAAGGGCCCGGCGCUGCAAGGCGUGGCGCUGCUCAACAUCCCGUACGCUCACGGCGGCUCCAACCUGUGGGGAGCAAGUGGUGCACACCGCCGAGGACGAUUCCCCAACGCGCACCAAGACAUUGGCGACAAACUGAUAGAAGUCAUCGGUUUGGAAAAUUGCUUACAUAUGGGACAAGUACGAACAGGACUCAGGGCUUCAGGUCGUCGGUUGGCACAAUGCAGUUCAAUAACAAUAACCACCAAAAGAACGUUCCCGAUGCAAAUAGAUGGAGAGCCAUGGAUGCAGCCGCCGUGCAAGAUUACAAUAACGCACAAGAACCAAGUACCAAUGCUGAUGGGCCCCGCGCCAGAGAAAGGACGCAGCUUCUUCAAAUUGUUUGCGCAUUGCUAAUCGUCAACCCACUCAUUCCAACUGUAAUUAGUUUUAAACAUAGUUAGUAGAAAUGUUUUGUUUUUGUACAAAAAUGACAGAUCUUGUACAUAACCUAAAAAUGAAAGGCUCAUUCGAUGGAACACAGUCAAUGUAAGAAUGUAAUAGAAUUUAUCUAUUAAAUAUUUUGCUUUUAAAAUUAGUA